AUGGAGAAAGCGCCCUGCGUCGAUAAUGAGGAUGCGCUGUUCCACUUCGACCCUUAUGAGCUCCCCUCGAGCCCCAGCGAUCAAGGCAAGGCAAAGGAUCUAGCUCACACGUUGCCUCCUCUCUUAUUCUCUACAAGCGACUUGGAAUAUCGUACCAUUGACUGGCCAUCCGGUGAUAUCGGUUCUCCAACAGCAGGACCUUCCUCGUACGGUUCAGCUCACACCUCGCCUCCCCGCACAUCCUCUAGUCUUUCUCAUCCGAGCUCCCAGGCCCCUCAGAAUAGUAUACAACAGCACCCAGCACUGACAAGAGUGCCCUCCCGAAGGCGAUCAUUGUCCAACCUAUCAAUUCACUCCACACGUUCCUUAGCUGCUCGAUCCAUGUCAAGGAUUAAAGUUAAACUGGGCUCAUCGUCAAAGGGCCCGAGUAACUUUGCCCGCAGAUUAUUGUUCAAGAAUAAGGCCAGUGCAGCUGCGACAUCAGUAGAUCUCAACACUGCCGGCUGUGUGUCGGAUCCUUUCUUGGGGGACCUCGUAACAUGGAAAAACCCCGAUUUCCAGCCCUGUCCGGACCUCGAGUUUCCAUCGGAUACACGAACACAUGUUCAGCAGAGCACCGAUACCAGUCUCGAAAGCCUCAGUAGCAUCAAAUGCAAAGGCCGUUCAUAUUCCUCUCCACUUCCCCAGUCUGUCUUUGACAUCAUCCCUCGUGGCAAUAGUGAUGUCUUUGUCCCCGUGCCCUUAGCCCUUCAAAAUCUCUUCGAUGAGGCUUUGCCAAGAGAGCUGAAGCUGCAAGUCUUGUCAGCCUUAAUUUCCCUGCACGAAGACGAAUUUCAGCUGUGGAAGUCGUCGGGGCGGUGGACUACCUCAAGGGCAUCCUCAUCCAAGUAUCGCUGGGUUGGCAGAGAUCGUGGGAUGCGCGAACUCGUGAAGUUGAGCAGGGUGUCAAAGGCGUGGCGCUCACUUGUCUUUGAUGGUCAGCUGUGGGUGGAUGUCGACCUCAAGGCAUUCCCAAACCUUCCAGUGCCUUUCCUUCUGCGUCUCGCAGAGUCGCUUGGGCCAUUUAUCAAGAACAUGGAUCUCACUGGACAUGUACAACUUGAUCGCAGCACUCUGGGACAGGUCACGACCAGUCUUUGUGUACGCUCCGCGCCAACCAUCGACUUCGCCUAUACACAACUCCUGGACAUAAACCUGACAGGUUGCAAUGCGCUGACUACGCAAUCAUUACACAACCUCGUCAUCCACUCGCCGUUUUUGCGCAGCCUUUGCGUUAAAGGGUUGAAGGCCGUCGAUAACACCACUUUCGACGUUCUCGCGCUCUGCCCCCACCUGACGUCCCUGAACAUGAGUCGUUGUUCCAAUAUUAACGGAGAUGGCCUCCGCAGAUAUGCAAAUGCAGUGCUAGAGCGCCACGGCCAGCUUGCACUGAAAGAGCUCAAGCUAUGCGGAUUGGGGGGUAUGUACGACGAGGUUCUGGGAGUGUUGGGCAGAGCGGCGCCCUCGCUGGAAAUCCUCGACCUGAGCUAUUCUCGCACUCUGCACAACUCGGCGUUGGAGGCUUUUGUCGCGUGUGCGGAAGAAGAUGAGGGGGUGGAGAGUGUGGUGCUGACUGCACGUGAGGUGGGGCGGGACGUGCGUGAUAACGGACGCUACCGGAGGCGGAUUACGAAGCUCAGACAUCUGUCGCUCUCGAACUGCAAGCUGCUCACGGACAUAGCAUGUUCCAAUUUAGCGCAUGCAGUGCCGCGUCUAGAGCUGUUGGAACUGGCGAGCAUCGGGACGGAGAUGAAAGAUGAGGGGAUCGUGAGGCUUUUGGGGACGACUCCACUUCUCCGAAAGCUGGAUCUCGAGGACGACCCGGAUAUCAGCGACGCCGUCCUGAGCGCACUGACCCCUAGUCCCCCAGAGGACUCCACAUCAGGGUCAACACAACCCCUGCAGACAGGGCAGGCGCUGGAGCACCUGGUUGUGUCGAAUGCUAUCAACAUCGGCAACGAGGCUUUCCUUUCUCUCAUGCGUAAUUGCCCCCGCCUGAGGGUGCUGGAGGCAGACAGCACGUGCAUAUCUGGGACUGUCCUCAAAGAGUUCGUGCGGCAGGCGCAAGAACGGGAUCUGUCCGAUGCUACCCUGAUUGUUAUUGACUGCCGUGCUGUGGGUGAGGGUUGCGUCAAGGACGUUGCCGCGAUGACCCGCCCCCGCAAGGGCUGGUGUGCCUGGGACGCACGGAAGCUCGCGUACCUGGAUGGUCGGGACAAGGAGGAACUGAAAGUGGGGCAAGAUGAGUGCGACGAGAAGCGCAUCGUACUCAAAUCAUUUUUUAAUUGGCAAACUGUGGAUGCUGUUCGGGUUGCGCGGGAGCGGCGUCGGCGAAAUUCCCGUCGUGCAAGCAACGGAUCAUCAGAUAAUCUUGAGGAUGUUGCCCAGGUUUCGGGACGUAUGCGGUGGUGGUCUCCGACCGGGAGACGUUCGCUUGGUACCAACACCCCAGAUGGGGCGGUCAGCGAUCGAGAGGGAUGUGUCAUGACCUAA